GCCUAAGCGAGUCACUCGGCGCAGGCACGGCGGGCGGGACCACAACUUCCCGGGGCGCGGAGCGGCGCGGAGCGGCGCGGAACGGAGCGCGGCGGCCGGAGCGCGCCCAUGUCAGCGCGGCGCCGGGGGACUGCACGGCGCUACGGGCAGCACUGAGCUCCCCUCCUCGCCCAGCGAUGUAUUCACUGCUCUCCGCCUGCACUUGCCUAUGUUUACAUUUCCUGCUGCUGUGCUUUCAGGUACAGCAUGGCGAGAUGAAGGCUGGGAGGAGAGCGGAGAGAGGGAGCAGCCUGAAUGCAUCCCAUGGAGAAGCGCGAGGGGGAAAGGUGUUGUUGAAGCUGAAGGACGCUGUUGGUACAAGGAUUAAUAGACGUAAGAUGGACAUGUUUGUUGCCGAGGAGAAUGUAGAUUUUCGGAUACACGUGGAGAACCAAACGCGAGCAAGAGACGACGUGAGCAGGAAGCAGCUCCGGCUCUAUCAGCUCUACAGCAGGACAAGCGGGAAACACAUCCAAGUGCUAGGCAGAAGGAUCAGCGCCAAAGGAGAAGACGGAGAUAAAUAUGCCCAGCUUCUAGUGGAAACAGACACUUUUGGCAGUCAAGUCCGGAUCAAAGGGAAGGAGACAGACUUCUACCUUUGCAUGAACAGGAAAGGCAAGCUAGUGGGGAAGCCUGAUGGCACCAGCAAGGAGUGCGUCUUCAUUGAGAAAGUCCUAGAAAACAACUACACGGCGCUGAUGUCAGCAAAAUAUUCAGGCUGGUAUGUUGGAUUCACCAAAAAAGGGAGGCCACGGAAAGGGCCCAAGACCCGGGAAAACCAGCAAGAUGUGCAUUUUAUGAAGAGGUACCCAAAGGGGCAAGUGGAGAUACAGAAACCUUUCAAGUACACAACAGUCACCAAGAGGACUAAGAGAAUACGACCCACCAACCCCAGUUAAAAGUAGAUGAAACGGUGUCACAAUAAUAAACCACAAAAAAAAAAAAAAAAAAAAAAAAAACUGCACCAGAGGAAUAUUUUUACAUUAAAAAUAAGGAAGAAGCUCUAUUUUUGUACAUUGUGUUUAAAAAAAAAAUAAAAAUAAAAAAAUUAAUAAAAGACUAGAUGGCAAACGCUGGGGAAAAGCUGUUAGGGAUUUAUUGUGACUUGAAAAACAAAAUGAACUGCUCUAUUUAAAUUGACUUCUUGUUGUUGAUGACACACAGGUGCUUAUUUCUCUUUUUGGAAAGGACAACUUUUCAAGCAUAUCCCCAGAGGAAAAAGUAAUUAUUAAAAAUAAAUAAAUAAAGCCAAAGAAAACCAAAGUUCUUUCCCAAAGUUACUGAGACCCUGCCCUGAAACUUGCCAGUUUUGCAGUAAUCUAUUUAUUGUCUGCUGCAAGCUGGACCCAGACAAGAUGGUGUGUGCCGCAGUGAUUGAGUUUCCGUGGAGUUCUCGACGCAUCGAUCUUCUGUAACCUUUCUGACGACAUAAGGUGUCACGGCUCCGUGAUCCUGCAUUAUGCUCAGUUCUGGAGAAUGCUGCUAAAUACAUUCAAGUGACUACAAAAUGACCUAGUACACCAAUGAUAAGGGAAUAUUUUAAAACCAGCUAUAUUAUAUAUAUUAUAUAUAUAUAAGCUAUUUAUUUCACCUCUCUGUAUAUUGCAGUUCCAUGAACCAAGUAUUACUGCCUCAACAAUUAAAAAAAGUUAUUUAAAACACAUGUAUAUAUUUUUGCUGUUCAUGCUUCUUUCCCCUUGCUGAAUAGUGUUUUUUUAAUGGCUGUUUACCUUUUCUGUGAGGGUGCACGGUAUGUUUGGGAUGGUUUCCCCGCUAUAAACAUUA